AUGUGGGAUGAGAAGAACAAGCGCGGCAUUCUAAUCGACUGGGACCUAUGUGCGCCGACACCUUCGCCUGCCGACAUCGCCGAAGACCCCACGCUCAAUCUACUUGCUCAGCUGCCUAGCCGGUCUGGUCGUCCUGAUCGCACGGGAACGUGGCUGUUCAUGUCGUCCAUGUUGCUGAAGACACCUGGGAAGCUGCAUACCGUGCAGGACGAUCUCGAGUCCCUGUUCUGGGUCGCCCUCUACAUGAUCCUCCUAUACUUCCCUUGCGGAAGUAUAGACGUCGUUCCCAUGAUCGACAGGAUCUUUUACGAGAUCGAGGCGGAUGAUGGGACGGUCAGAGGAGGCUGGAAGAAGCGCGAUUUCCUCGAUGCCACUGGAUCCGAUGCAGUGUUCGACCUUCCAGACAGCAUCUCUGAACCGCUGGCCAUUUGGUUCGGCAUGUACCGCGACAUGCUCGCCGACUGGGUCAAGCAUAAUAUUCAACUCAUGGCUACACGCGAUGCGUUGAAUACCUUCGAAAGGAAGCACGGGAAGGGCGGGGACCGCUGGGGUCGAAGUGCGCGCCUGCGAAAGGCCCUCGCUGAAACCGAGCGUGCGGAGCCUGAUCUUCGCAACUACGAGGAGCUACAGAACCAGUGGAAGGCUAUCGUAGAGCAGGGCGAGGAGGAGGGGCUGUUCGUUGAGAACGACCGCCUCAACGACGAAGUCCAUCAGCAUUCACCGGAGUAUGUCCUCAAAAUCUACAGGGCCCGGCACGCAGCCGCAACCGAACAGAAGCGGCUCGAUAACGCGAGCGCCAACAAGGAGGCCAUCGCCGCGCGCAGCCAGGACAGUGGCAGCCAGUCGGGACAAGGCGUCCGUCGGAAGCGCGACAGCGACGAGCCGCAGGCGGGCAGCUCGCGCAGCACGACGCUUCUGGGCUCCGGGCAGUCGGGCGACAUGGGCGAGGGCGAUACCGAGGAUGAGUUUGCCCGCCAGCGUCCUACCAAGCGCCCGCGGAAGCCCACUCAGACCGGCGACGGCGGCAACGAGGGCAAGGGAAGGCGCACCAGGGGAUGAGGGCGAGGUUUUUGUGGUGGCGUUCGCCGCUCAUCACGGAUGAGCUCGACCGCCUUGUGUAUAUACCAUGCUAUGUAUGAUAACGCGCAUGUGGACCGGCGCGUAGACGACGUGUUGAUCCUAGAAAUGCUUAUUUAUUAUCGG